CACACUGACCACAGAGGGACCGGAGGAUGCCCACGCAUCAGCACUGGGUCGAUAAGAUGAGGAGACACUCCUGCUUUGUUUUUUUGUUCUGUUGGAUAUUUUUGCCUGGAAUCCUUGGUUUUCCACAGACAAAUACCUCAAUUGAUUGUGAUUCUCUGUUACCAAACUAUGAAGCUGAACCACAGACAUCUGCACCACCAUAUAUUAUUGCUGUAUCUUUUGAUAACUUUGAGCCAGGAAAUGAAGUCCAAGUAACUCUAGAAGCACUUGGAGAUGCUGGGUUUAAAGGAUUUAAUCUACAAGCUCGAGAAAUAGAUGGAGAUGUUCCUGUUGGUACUUUUAAAAUUACAGAUCCAAACACUAAAGGCCUGGAAUGUCAUAACAUGACGAAUUCAGCAGUAAGUAAUGCCAAUUCAGAUGUGAAACAGAAGGUUACAACAACAUGGAUUGCUCCACCUGAUGUUAGAGAGCUUCAAUUUAUUGCAACUGUUGUUCAAAAUCUAGAGAACUUUUGGGUUGGAAUUCAAAGCAAAACUCUCACACCUACACAUUCUGAGUCAGUUAACGUGACAGGAAAAAGUAAAAGGAAGCUUAUGAUAGAAUUAGAAUGUAACAAGCGUGGAGGGACCUACUCAACAGGCCGAUGCAUCAUGGUUGGACCUCCCAGUUCCUCUCAGAACAGCUAUUCAGGCAGUCAGGGUGGAGUAGUCUACACAAUAAGCAAGAGUGGAUGUGGCCCUGGAGGUGCUGCUGGUGCAUAUGGCCUACAAGCCUGCAGAGAUAGUGCAUCCUUAUCCAGCAGUGGUCUUACUUAUGGCCAGUCUGUCCCUUCAAGCAGUUCAGAUUCCAGUAAGAAGGUAGUGGUUGUUGCCAACAGCAACCCUUUUCCACCUGUGCGUCACACCUUCCCUCAGAGUCUGGGAAGCUCUGCUACAAGGAUCAUAGUACAGAGUGGACAAAAACAGCAAACCAGCAGCAGUACUUAUAUUCAGGGCUACAGACCUCAAGGUGGCAGUUCCUAUGGCCAGGGUUCUCAGCCUCAAGGUGGCAGCUCCUAUGGACAGGGUGGACCAAGUUUCUCAGGCAGCAGCAGCAGCAGCAGCUCCUAUGGCCAGCCUCAAGGUGGCAGCUCCUAUGGACAGGGUGUCUCCUACGAUAGCAAUCCCUGCCACCAGGGUGGAUCACAGGGUGGUCAGCAGAGUGGAUCAUCAUCUUCCCAAAAUUAUGGUGACAACCAGGAUGGAUCCUACUCACAAAACUAUGGUGGUGGCCAAGGUGGAUCAUCCUCAGACACCUAUUAUGAUAAUCAGGAGUCACAAGAUUCCUCAUAUGAUAAUAACCCCAACGCUUGUGAUGAUAAUGACACUACCUACAGUGCCAAUAAUCAGCGUUCUGGUUGUGCAAAGAAGAAAGUUGUUGUUGCCCGAGACACAUCAAAUGUUUUAAGCAGAAGAGCCUAUGAUGUACAGAAUGCCUCUUCUCCUUCAAAUAGCAGCCACUCUGACAUGCAGGGUGGAUCAUUUAUUGCAACCAGUGGAUCAAGUAAUCAGGGUGGUUGCAUUUGUCCUGAUGGAAGCAGUGGUUACAGACAGGGAGCCCCAGGUUCUUCACACAGCACAUAUUCUGGUUACCAGGGAGGGCCUUACUUCUAUCCUGGAGGAUCCUAUGGACAGGGCGGCCCAGGUUCUUCCCACAGUUCUUACUCUGGUAACCAGGGAGGGCCUUCCUACUAUCCUGGUGGAUCUUACGGACAGGGAGCCCCAGGUUCUUCACACAGCACAUAUUCUGGUUACCAGGGAGGGCCUUACUUCUAUCCUGGAGGAUCCUAUGGACAGGGCGGCCCAGGUUCUUCCCACAGUUCUUACUCUGGUAACCAGGGAGGGCCUUCCUACUAUCCUGGUGGAUCUUACGGACAGGGAGGGUCUUCUGCUUAUGAUGGCGGCAGUGAAUCCUAUGACCAUAGGAUUAUGGGUGGAUCUUCUGUAUAUAGUGGUUCUGAGACUUAUGGCCAGGAUUCACCUUCCAUGGGAGCCAGUGAAACUGAAGAUAGUGAUUCCUCCUCAUUGUCUGGUAGCCGCCAGAGUGAACGGGAUUUUUAUUCCCCAGGAGGCAGCCAGUCAGGUGGACAUGGGUCAUCUUCUCAAAGUGGUAGCUACUCCAGUGGACAGGACUCAUCCUCAUCUGGAAGCAGCCAGUAUGGUGGGCAGGGUUCACCUUCCUCAGGAGGCAGCCAGUCUGGCGGACAGGGUGGAUGUGAUUGUUCUGGGGCAAAUUCUAGCGGAUCCCCUACUUUAGUCAGAAGUGAUUCCUCUGCAAAUGACUCAUCUGCUUCUGGAGGCAGCCAGUACAACAGCCAGGAUUCAUAUUCCUCUGGAGCUAGCCAGUAUGGAGGACAUGAGUCAUCUUCUUACGGAGGCAGCCAGUAUGGUGGACAAGGUUCACCUUCCUCAGGAGGCAGCCAGUAUGGUGGACAGGGUUCACCUUCUUCAGGAGGCAGCCAGUAUGGAGGACAGGGUCCAUCUUUCUAUGGUAGCAGACCUUAUGGAGGACAGGGCUUUUCUUCAGGGGUCAGACAGUCCGGUGGACAGGGUGGGUGUGUGUGCCCCGGUGGAGGUUCAGGCUCUUUCGCAGGAACCAGCUACCAUGGUGGACAGGGUUCAUAUCCUGGAAGUAAUCAGUAUGGUGGACAGGGAUCUUAUCCCUCAGGAGGCAGCCAAUAUGGUGGGCAGGGCUCAUAUCCAUCUGGAGGCAGACAACAUGGUAAACCAGGUUCCUCUUCCUCAGGAGGCAGUCUUCAAGGAAAGCCUGGAGGCUCUGGCUCAGGAAGCACCUACUCUGGGAAACCGCAAUCUCCUUACUCAGGCGGCAGUCAAGUGAGCUCUGCUGGGAAACACUCUACUCCCCAACUCCUGAUGUUAUUCAGUGUUUUGAGUGCCUUUGCUCUCUCUGCGGCUGUAUCAAAAUGGUCUAUAUGAACUUCUGAAGUGUUACUUGACAUUGUAAACAUGGAUUAUAAUCUGUAUUAUUAUAUUACCUAAUGUAAGAAAAAAAAAUACCAUUAAGUCAAAUUGGCAGAUGCUACUUGGCUGUUAUGUUGCAUGUCUAGCUGGUAUGUCAUGCCCCUCAUUAGUUUACCUCUGGUUUUAGUCAUUAGUAGUUAUCAUUAGUUGUGUCAGUGUUUUAGGCAUCAUUUUAAGAGAGCAUAUGGUACCGUACCUAUAGGAUAUAUUUCUACUUCCAACAGGGAAUACGAUGAACACCUACCUAAAAUGAUUGGUGUGACAAAUGAAUACUUAGGAAAAUAUUUGGUUAUUAGCCAAAGCAGACAAGGUGAAAUAAAUUGUUGUAUAUGCAAAAUGAGCACUGUGCCUGGUGAUCAUGGCAUAAGGUAAGGCUAAUGUAAACUUCUGAUCAGCAGUUCUCCAUGGGACAGAAGAAAAGGUACUGAAGUAGUAUCACAGUAUUGGUUUUAGUCUUUUGUAAUCAAAUGCAAAUUUGAUAUGGAGAUUGCAAAGCAAAAAAAACCCCAAAAACUCCACCGGACUGAAUUUUUUUGGGUUACUUAAAGUUUAUUCAUUAAAAAAAUGAAACAGAUCAGAGCAAAGACAUUAUGAACUCCAUUCAAACCAGCUGCAAAUAUCUAGAGUUCUGUAGAGAAGCAUAUGAGACACAUGUACCCUAGGUUAGGCUGAUAAACUGAAAUCUGCUGAAAAAUGAAGCCUUUUUCCCUGGAAGGAAUAGGAAAAUAAUUAAAUUCAUAAAAUGAAUACCCUCUUAGCUCCCUUUUUCAAGUAUUUAGUUUAACCUGUGAUACAUCGUGUAUCUGAAGGGUUAAUUUCGUGAGUGCAUCUACAAGCAGGUACAUCAGCGUGCUUACUGAAAUACCAGGGCCCGUUUUUGAGUUCAGCAGCAAUUCCACACCUUGAAGCAAACUCUUCUGGACCUCUCAGAGCCACCUUCUGUUUGGUGUUAACAAAGCGCAUUCACCUAAAGCAUACUUGUAAUGAAUGUGUUAUUGAACAUGUGGCUGCUAUUAAAACUACCAUUAUUAGUAGCGUGCUCUUCUGUCACAGUUUACAAUUGUAAUUGGUGGGAGAGGUUUCCAUUCAAGCGUGAGAGGUUUCCAUUCAAGUUCUCCUACCAGCUUCCGCGGGGCCAGGAUUUCACCCGGUUUUGAUGUGCAGCACUACCCUUUGCCAACCAUGGGUAAAUCAACCUGCAAUUGAUGCACGAAGUUAUGCCCAUAUACGAUCUUCAAAAUUCGGUGAACAAUUUGUUUCUUCGGACAACACAGUAAUGCUCCGCUUGAGAGGUCCGUACCUUAAUUCGAACCUGCCCUACCAUUCUCUAAUAAAUUUGUGAUGGGCUUCAUACAAAACGCUCGUGUCAGUGGCUGCCGAAGUUCCCCGCUCCCGGUUUGGGCGGCUCACGGCCCGUGCCGCUCCGGGCCGCAGGCACUGCGGGCUCCGGGAGCCGCCCGCGCCCCGCGCCGC